GUUAGCUCUUCACUCCACAUUGACAGAGAGCCAUCACAAUGACUGGCCACUUCUCUACACUGGCCCUGCUGCUCAUCUUCCUCCAGCCUUCCUUGCAGUUCUGGCUCUUCAAUGUCCUCUUCCCUCCCAGCCCCGACCCCGUGGGCCCCAAGGAGAACAACACAGUCCCCCUCAUUCUGGUGCCUGGCAAUCUGGGGAACCAGCUAGAGGCGAGGAUUGACAAGACUGAUCUGGUGCACUGGCUCUGCUACAGCAAGACCGAGGAUUUCUUCACCAUCUGGAUCGACCUCAACAUGUUUAUGCCUAUAGGGAUUGACUGCUGGAUCGAUAACAUCAGAAUAGUAUACAACAGAACAACUCACAAAACAUCCAAUGCACCAGGGGUGGAAAUCCGAGUUCCAGGAUUUGGGAAAACAUACACUGUGGAAUUUCUGGACACCCAUACAUUAACAGGGUAUCUCCACACAAUGGUGGAGCAUUUGGUAAACGCAGGCUACGUCCGUAAUGAAACGAUUCGAGCAGCUCCCUAUGACUGGAGAAUUGCUCCCAACGAACAGGAAGAGUACUUUGGGAAGCUGAAAGCCCUGGUGGAAGAGAUGUACAAGGAGUAUGAGAGACCUAUUUACCUGCUUGGACACAGCAUGGGCAGCAAUUACAUCCUGUACUUCCUGAACCGGCAGUCUCAGGACUGGAAGGAUCUCUACAUCAAGGGCUUCAUCUCACUGGGGGCUCCCUGGGGUGGGGUCGUCAAACCGCUCAGGGUCCUCGCUUCUGGUGAAAACGACGGAAUCCCGCUUGUAUCCAACAUCAAAAUCCGAGAGGAGCAGCGAAUGACCACCACCAACCCCUGGAUGAUCCCCAGUGACCUGGCCUGGCCGACUGACCACGUCUACAUCUCCACACCCACCUACAACUACACCUACCAGGACUACCAGCGCUUCUUCAACGACAUCCACUUCGAGGACGGCUGGUACAUGUGGAAUGCUACCAAGGACCUCCUCGCAGGGCUGCCCACUCCCGGUGUGGCAGUGUACUGCAUGUACGGCACAGGGCUGCCUACUCCCGUCACCUACAUCUAUGAUGAUAACUUCCCGAACGCGGACCCUGUGGACAUCCUGUACGAUGACGGGGAUGACACUGUUGGCUCCCGCAGCAUGGAGCUGUGCAAGCUCUGGGUGGGAAAGCAGAAGGAGCCAGUCCACAUCAUCGAGCUGAAUGGUACGGCUCAUCUGGACAUUGUCUUUUCCAACAUCAGCCUCACAUACAUCCAGGAGAUACUGCAAGGGAACUACGAAGGACCUUAAUAAACAAACCACCCUGCCCCCAGAACUAAAUACCUCCACUGUUUAAAUAAUUAGUAUUGGGGCUAAUAACAUGUAACAGGGUCAAUAACAAUAAAAUCACUUGUCAAAGCAUUUGUCCUAAUAUAAGUUUUACAGCGUUUUUGAAGUUAUUGGCAUGGCAAGGUCUGUUCAAGACGAAUAUAUUGGUAAAAUAAAAAAAUGCUUAAAAAAAUGAAUAUAUUAAAUGACAUAAUUAGUAAUUGGUGUCAUUUAAUUAUUUACUAAUGUUUUAAUAUAUUACUUUUGAGUGUUUAAUAGCUAUGGUAGUAAUCUAAAUAAAAAGUAUAAAUCGUAAUCUGUACUUCUUGUGUAAGGGUUUGACUGGGUUGUUGACAAAAUGUGAGUGGGUUCCACAAGCUUUAUUCAGGAAAGCACAGGGUGUUUGCAAUCACUUUCAAUGGUUCUUUCUCCUCUUGACCAAUACUGAGCUAUUAACAUUUUUGUUGUCAAGCACAAAACCAGGUAUUGACAGAUUUAGAGAACAAUAACAAUAUCUUAAUAACCACUUCUAAUGAUUGCAAAUGGCACACAAUAGUUAGGGAAUGUAAGAAAGCAAUUCAACUAACAUUUAAAGUUGCCAUAAUUCACACAUAAUCCUGGGGAUAGCGACUGUGCUGUGAUCGUGGGGUGAGUGACAAUCAAUAAAGAAGCUU